GAAACCGUCCCCGACGGAAUAUCGAGAUUGUGUCAAAACUAUUUGGGGAUAUUAUUCGAUCAUCAUGGCUUACUCAUAAUGGCUGUGUCACUGUUUUCGUGUAGAUGAUGAUCCGGCUUCUAAUCAGAUAACGCUCCGGCGUCAUGGGGUGUAUUUUCUCACACGUUCAAGUAUUAUUUUCAAAGUCCGAAGACCAAAAAGAAACAUCCAUGUUCAGUCGAAAGAGUCGCAGUCGGGAGGUACUGAUUCAGUCGCAGACGAGCACAAUCCUCACCCCCGCCAAACAACGUGGGGGUGGGUCUAGCAAAGUUCCAUACUCGUCUCUUGAAGAACCUAGUGGUGAAGUAACUUUAGAGGAUGCCGUUUCCCGGAGGGAUAAAGAACUUCUACAACGAUUGAUUUUGACAGGUGCGUUCCAGCUCGCCCCGUUCAACAUACGCGAAAAGAAGAAGAGCAAUCCGGUAGAAUUAGCAUGCAAAUUGGGGUUCACAGACAUUGUUGAAGUUUUUCUUGACAAUGGAUGUAGUCCAAACCUACCAACAUCUCAAGGAAGGUUAAUUCAUUCUGUGUUGGAGGGAAUGAAAUGUGAGUCUAUAUCUCUAGAACAUGGACGACGACUGAUUCAAUUGCUCUGCAACAGUGGCUGUGAUGUUAAUAUCAAAGAUGCACGAUACACAUCCACUCUGAUGUAUGCAUCAGAACUUGGUGAUACAGUUGUGCUUGACAUUAUUCUACGACACUGUUCCACAUCGCAACUAUAUUAUCAGUGUGGAGGGAGUUCAUAUACACCUCUCCACAUGUCAACAAUGAGAGGGGAUUCUGAGUGUGUACGACAACUGUUGAAAUAUUCACCAAGUAAACAUGUGAAUAUUCGUGACCACUAUGGUAAUACUUCGUUGGUCCUCUCAUUAAAAACAAUGGAAAAUAAUUUGAAGUACUUAAACUCAGCCAGAAAAGACAUGGAUAGUGACAAUAAUGCCCAGCGGUGGCUUAAGGAGAAGGAAAAAUUACUUCGUUUCCAACAUUGUUCAGUGUCAAUAGUGGAAAGUUUGCUGUUAGCAGGUGCAGAUGCAAAUAUGAAUUGCCGAGAUGGUUUGUCUUCUCCUUUAUUUCAUGCCCUCUAUUUGUGUAGGCUGGAUGAAACAAAUGGAUUUCAGGACGAAUCUGGCUGCCAUGGUCUUGAAUUUACCAACACAAUGCAUUUAGUUUCAACAGAAAAGAUUCAGAACUUGGAAAAAUUAGUACAGAUGCUUCUCAUGAACCACAAAAAUAUUCCGGUGUUGGACAGGAAACAUUCUCUUUGUGCUGAAAUUAACACACAGAAGGAAACACUGUUCUCUAGAUACCCAUCACUCACUCCAUUACUGGAAGAAAUCUUUGAGUUCUGGACCAGGUACCAACACACAAAACCACCAAAGUUGAUGCAUCUUGCAAAGCAGACUGUGAGGAACCAUUUGGCGUUGUUACAGAAACUUCAUGAACUUGAUAAACUCCCACUUCCAGAGAGAUUGAAGAACUAUGUUAAACUAAACUGCUUGUAACCAUGGUAACUGACCUUGCUUGUGUUUUUACUAGAUAUUAUAGGAUAGGAAUAACCACAUGUGAUUUAAAUCAGUCAAGAUGCAGUCUGAUUGCACUUAGCUUUGGGGAAAU